AUGACCAACCCAAACGACAGGGGACAGGGCCAGAGCGCAGAGGGCCAGAGUGACUGCGGCUGGGGAGCCUACUUGAACGAGCUUGACCAGCUCCAAGCGUCAUCACGACAUGGACAAUCAUCGAGGAGGGCAAGAUCAUCUACAGCAGGGGGUACCAAUACACACUGUGUAGUACAGAAGACACGGCUUGGUGUCCCUGUUCCAUCUUUACAACAUUACACUCCUAUUCACAGGCACCCAAGCUCAUACAUUGGUCGACGGCCAGCAAACGCUAGACGAAGCCCUCUGAAACAAGCAGAAAAUCUGCCGACCACUUAUCUGCACCACCUCAAACACGCUUUACCUCACAUCCCAAGGUUCACAGUCCCGUUAAGCCUAGAUGUCCUCAAGAAACAGGCUGGCAAUAUGUCAGUAGGAGAGCAAUUGCGGGCAGUGUGUGCAACAAUGGAGGAGGAGAGUUACCCAGUACAGGCGAUGUCUGGUAUAUGGGAGGUGGAAGGACAGCCAGUGAUGAUAUACCUCUCUAAGAGGCUUCACUCCAGUGGCAACGAUGGGGGACGGAUACCGCUACCGUUAGAAGCACAACACCAUCCACAACGACUAUUAUCCACACUACAAGCGGCGAUUGAAAAUGGACAAAAGAUUCAUUUUGAUGGUUUUGAGGACAAUCUCGUGAAGCGUUACUAUGAAAGCAUUCAAACAAUGUGCGCUUUCAACCCUCCUAAACCGGAUCACACGCAGCAACGCCAUGGUAUUGAGGCAGUGAAUGGAAAUGCUGUCCAUCGCUUCCCGAUAUCAUCGAACGUUUCCUGGACAAAUGAUACGAACGAGGCGAAGGUAUGGCCGGGGGUUCGGCCAACACCAGGUAUUGUCUACAGUGACGACAAUGGGAUCACUGGCCUUGAGGCUGCUGGGGUACUACAUCUAGUUGAAGGUUGGGAGCAAAGGGGUCAUCAUGAACUGGGUCUUCACCAGUCAGCUUCACUGUCUGGUAGUGGGCAGGCGAUACGUGCUACUGAACAUUCCUAUGCAACCAACAACUGCCUGGAGAGGUGCAUUGAAAGCGCUAUUCAGGUUUUCUUCCCAGACCAGCACCAAACUUUUUCCAAGGCACGCGAUGCGGCGAGAUUAGUACAAGGCCAAAAGGGUGGGUGUUUCACAGGCAGGGCUGUAGUCUAUAAGCUACAGCUCUACCCUCACUGUGAUGAUGGCGAUGAGGGCAUUUCAGCAAGUUUUCCAUGUGGACGGUACACCGGUGGCUAUAUGCUCAUUCCCCAAUUCAGAGCCAAGCUCAAUUAUAGACCAGGAGAUUUACUGUUGAUCAACGCAAAACUUAUCUGGCACACAGUCACCGAAUGGAAGGCAGUGACUAUGCACAAGGACGAUACCACCACACCAGGAUGCGUUGGGAGUGUUUUCUUUCUUCCCUGA